CUACUUCAGGUGGAACAUAUCAGAUGCUUUAUGUUAUAGGGCGCUGCAUAAGGUUUCUUCUGGGGAGAGGGGUGUAACACUGCUAAAAAUAGUUAACUGAAAACUCCUAAGAAGACUUGUUCCAGCUGGCGGGGUCCAGGUAAACUCACCAGGGAUGCUGCUCUUUCUCAAGGAAGACCCCAAAGAUAAUUUCUCUUACGUGGGAGUAAGAGUUUGUUAGUCACUGGCCUAUGAAAUAUCUGGGCCUCCAAAAAUUCCAACCCCACUGCAGUGCAGACGCAUAACUGAUCCUCCUGGGAGCUAAGAGCUAAAGUCAGGGUACUGGUCCUGCCGCCUCCAAACUUAGGGAUCGUCAGUCAUGCCUUGCUUGGUUGGGUAAAGCCAGGGUGAGCUUUGGGUGUCCUGUGUCCAUUUUUCUAGGAUCACUCAAGAGCCGAGGGCUGACAGGGUGAGCAUAUUUUUGGUCUGUGGGAACUGUGGGCUUCCAGCGUAAGGUCCAGCACUGCCCAGGGCUCAGGGGAGCCGCUCUCCAUCAGGAUCAUGGUCUCAUUUUCCUACCACCGUGGUCUUGAUUCUCUCGAAGUACAAAGAAGGCUGCCCAGAGAGGAGGGGCUGAGGAGCCCUAGCCCGGCGCGCCUCGCACCAGUUCUGGCUUGGGACCGUAACGACCUGUCUUGAUCUAGAAGGUGUCCCAGCGGGCGGCGUAACUGCUUCGGGUCCCAAUUCAACUCUGCGCUCUUGCGGUACAGUUUGUCUUCCCCGGAGCCAACAGAGCGCUACCGCGGAUAGGGUCAGGCCUGCGAUCCGCUCCAGGAUUCUCUAUAACCGCAGGGCCAUUAAGCCCCGCCCCUAAGGGCUCGUCCAAUCGGACCCAACCUUCAGGCUCUGCCUCCGCGUUUCGUGUAACCACUUCCGGCUCGGUUCCGGAAGUCGCGCAGUGGAGCCAAAUUUGAAGCGACCCGAGGCGGUGGGGAGCGGCUACGGUCGGUCGCGGUUUCCUUGGCUACCUGGGUCCCUUGAAUCCAGUCAACAUGCCUAUUCGUGCGCUGUGUACCAUCUGCUCCGAUUUCUUCGACCACUCGCGCGACGUGGCUGCCAUCCACUGCGGCCACACCUUCCACCUGCAGUGCCUAAUCCAAUGGUUCGAUACAGCACCAAGUCGGACCUGCCCACAGUGCCGCAUCCAGGUUGGCAGAAGAACCAUUAUCAAUAAGCUCUUCUUUGACCUUGCCCAAGAGGAGGAGGGUGUCCUAGAUGCAGAAUUCUUAAAGAAUGAACUGGAUAAUAUCAGAGCCCAGCUUUCCCAGAAAGAGAGGGAGAAACAGGACAGCCAGGUCAUCAUCGACCAUCUGCGGCACACACUGGAAGAGCGCAACGCCACUGUGGAGUCUCUGCAGAAGGCCCUGGACAAGGCCGAAAUGCUGUGCUCCACCCUCAAGAAGCAAAUGAAGUUCUUGGAGCAGCAGCAGGACGAGACCAAACAAGCACGGGAGGAGGCCCGCCGACUUAGGAGCAAGAUGCAGACCAUGGAGCGGCUUGAUCUCCUACUCCAGAGCCAGCGGCCCGAGGUGGAGGACAUGAUCCGAGAGAUGGGUAUGGGACAGUCAGCGGUGGAGCAGCUGGCUGUGUACUGCGUGUCCCUCAAGAAAGAGUAUGAGAAUCUGAAAGGGGCACGGAAGGCCUCAGGGGAGCUCGCUGAGAAGCUGAAGAAGGACUUGUUUUCUUCCAGAAGCAAGUUGCAGACAGUCCACUCAGAACUGGAGCAGGCCAAGUUAGAGCUGCGGUCAGCCCAGAAGGACUUACAGAGUGCCGACCAGGAAAUUGCGAGCCUGAAGAAAAAACUAACGAUGCUGCAGGAAACCCUGAACCUGCCUCCAGUGGAGAGUGAGACUGUCAACCGCCUGGUUUUAGAGAGUCCGGCCCCUGUGGAGAUGCUGAACCUGAAGCUCCGCCGGCCAGCCUUCAGUGAUGAUAUUGACCUCAAUGCCACCUUUGAUGUGGACACCCCCCCAGCCCGGCCUUCCAGCGUCCACCAUGGCCAUGUCAAGAAGCUCUGCCUAGAGAAGGCACACUCUCUGGUUCAGGAUGUUCCCAAGAAGAUACCCAAAGGCCUCAAGAAGGAGUCCCAGCUCUUGCUGGGCGGCCAGCACUGUGUGGGGGAACCAGAUGAGGAGGUGGCUGGCGCCUUCCCUGUCUUCAUCCGUAACGCUGUCCUGGGCCAGAAACAGCCCAAGAGGGCCAGACCAGAGCCCUGUCGCAGCACAGAUGCAGUAAGGACAGGCUUCGAUGGUCUUGGAGGCCGGACAAAAUUCAUCCAGCCUACUGACACGACUAUGAUCCGCCCACUGCCUGUUAAGCCCAAGGCCAAGGCUAAGCAGAGAGUGGGGGCCAGGAAAAUGCUCCCUCCCUCCCAGGCCAAGAUGGACACCUUCCUGUGGUAGUGAGAACAGUGAGCCUGAUCAAUGGCCAGAUACGUGCCUCCAACUUGUAGACCAAGGACUAGCUCAGCAGGGAGCUUGGGGGCAUGGCUCCUCUUCUAGGACCAACCUUGAGGGCCAUGGUAGACAAGAAGAUGGGGCUGAGGGUGAGACCUGGAGACUGAGCUUUGCCUGCACUCACCCUGCCCCACCUCCACCAUACUGACCCACCUGUGGGAGCUGUGACCAGCACCUCGUUCCUGCCUGCAAGGCUUGCUCCUUGUUGCAAGCGCCUAUUUAUAGCCAUUUACUAGAUGCGAUGGGGCUGCUUCCUGUCCUCCAGACCAGGGUCUUUUGUUGACUGUAUGGACCAAAGUGCUUGAGGCUUCUCAGGCAGCUUCAGCCUGCCCAAGCUUCUGCCUGCCUCUGCAUGGCCUGGGCCAAGCGGGGUGGGCGGUGGGGGAUACUUGUGGGGAGAGG